AUGACCGUCAAGCUGGAUUUUGAGGAGUGUCUAAAGGAUUCACCCAGGUUCCGAGCCUCUAUCGAACUGGUGGAAGCCGAAGUGUCAGAAUUGGAGACCCGUCUUGAAAAGCUCCUCAAGCUGGGCACAUCCCUUUUGGAAAGUGGGCGCCAUUACCUUGCUGCUGGCCGCGCCUUCAUUGCCGGCAUCUGUGACCUGGGCCACCUGGGGCCACCGGAACCUAUGAUGGCAGAGUGUCUGGAAAAAUUCACCGAAAGCCUGGGCCACAAACUGGACAGCCAUGCAGAGCUCCUAGAUGCUACCCAGCACACGCUGCAGCAGCAGAUCCAGACCUUGGUCAAGGAGGGUCUCCGGGCUUUCAGAGAGGCUCGCAGGGAUUUCUGGCGGGGGGCUGAGGGCCUGGAGGCUGCGCUCACCCACAAUGCAGAGGUGCCCAGGCGCCGGGCCCAGGAAGCUGAAGAGGCAGGAGCUGCUCUGAGGACUGCUCGGGCUGGAUACCGGGGCCGGGCACUGGAUUACACUCUGCAGAUUAAUGUGAUUGAGGAGAAGAGGAAGUUUGACAUAAUGGAGUUUGUGCUGCGCUUGGUAGAGGCCCAAUCUGCCCAUUUCCAGCAGGGCCAUGAGGAGCUGAGCCGGCUGGGCCAGUACCGCAAAGAGCUAGGUGCCCAGUUACACCAGCUAGUCUUGAAUUCGGCACGAGAGAAGAGGGAUAUGGAGCAGAGGCAUGUGCUGCUGAAGCAGAAGGAACUGGGUGGAGAAGAGCCAGAGCUGACCCUAAAAGAGGGACCUUGUGGCGUGGUCAUGGAGGGGCAUCUCUUCAAGCGGGCUAGCAAUGCUUUCAAGACUUGGAGCAGGCGCUGGUUCACCAUUCAGAGCAACCAGCUAGUGUAUCAGAAGAAGUACAAGGACCCUGUGACCGUGGUUGUCGAUGACCUCCGGCUCUGCACAGUGAAACUCUGUCCUGACUCAGAAAGACGGUUCUGCUUUGAAGUGGUGUCUCCCAGCAAGUCCUGCCUCCUCCAGGCAGACUCAGAGCGCCUGUUGCAGUUGUGGGUCAACGCCGUGCAGAGCAGCAUCGCCACAGCCUUCAGCCAGGCCCUUCCUGAUGACAGUCCCUGGGCUCCCGGCCAGGCCUCAGGACACCUGGCCACAGGCUCUGCUGCCACACUGGGUGGUGGUGGGGUGGGCAGGAGCAGGGAGUCUGGGGGAGUCGGGUAUGUGGCAGCCCAGGUGCAAAGUGUGGAUGGCAAUGCCCAGUGCUGUGACUGUCGGGAGCCAGCCCCGGAGUGGGCCAGCAUCAACCUUGGAGUAACCCUCUGCAUUCAGUGCUCCGGCAUCCACAGGAGCCUUGGUGUCCAUUUCUCCAAAGUCCGGUCUCUGACCCUUGAUUCGUGGGAGCCAGAACUGGUGAAGCUGAUGUGUGAGCUGGGAAACGUGGUCAUCAACCAGAUCUAUGAGGCCCGCGUGGAUACCAUGGCAGUAAAGAAGCCGGGACCCACCUGCUCCCGGCAGGAGAAGGAGGCCUGGAUUCAUGCCAAGUAUGUAGAAAAGAAGUUCCUCACCAAGCUUCCAGAAGUACGUGGACGAAGAGGUGGCCGGGUCCCCCCACGGGGGCACCCUCCUCUGCCCCCAAAACCUUCUAUCAAACCCCGGGCAGGGAGCUUCAGUCGCAAGCCAGAGCCCCCUUCUGAAGACCUGGGCAGCCUGCACUCUGGAGCACUGCUGUUUCGAGCUGCUGGACAUCCUCCAUCCCUUCCCACCAUGGCCGAUGCCCUUGCCCAUGGAGCAGAUGUCAACUGGGUCAAUGGGAGUCAAGACAAUGCCACACCACUAAUCCAGGCCACAACUGCUAAUUCUCUGCUUGCCUGUGAAUUUCUCCUCCAGAAUGGAGCGAAUGUGAACCAAGCUGACAGCUUGGGCCGGGGGCCGCUCCAUCAUGCAACCAUUCUUGGCCACACAGGGCUCGCCUGCUUGUUCCUGAAACGGGGUGCAGAUCUAGGGGCUCUGGACUCUGAAGGCAGGGACCCUCUGACCAUCGCCAUGGAAACUGCCAAUGCUGAUAUAGUCACUCUGCUACGAUUGGCAAAGAUGAGGGAGGCCGAAGCAGCUCAGGGUCAAGCAGGAGAUGAGACAUAUCUGGACAUCUUCCGUGACUUCUCCCUCAUGGCAUCAGACGACCCGGAGAAGCUGAGCCGUCGCAGCCACGACUUGCACACGCUUUGAUAUCAGGCGUUCUGGCUAGACCAGGGCGGGCUCUCCCCUCCCCACCCCUGGCUCCAUCCCCAUUAAAGCCUCGGCCUUUG